UAAUUUUUUCAUAGUUUUCAUAUUUUUAGCGAUAAAUUUUAGACUGUUGUUUUUUUUUAACAGUCCUGACUGAGGUUUCGUGAGACCAUCAUAAGUUACAGUGGGAGGAGAAUAAUAAUUUGGAACGGUGGGUGUACUGCCGAUCGACGAUCGAAUCGGCCGCAAGUCCUGCAAUUAUACAAACAACAAUCAACCGUCACAAUGUCGUCAGGUUCGGGUACGGGGGGAUCAAGCCGGGGAAAAGCCAGUGGUGAAUAUUCAGAGGCUUCAUCAGCAGGGAUGGUGGGCGUUGCGGCAGUUACGGCGGCGCCUGGACCUGCAAGUGAAGGAGAUUGGAUUUGUCCUGAACCAGAAUGUGCCAACAUGAAUUUUGCAAGACGAUCAGCGUGCAAUAGAUGUGGAAAAGAUAAGCCUGUUGAUAGCAAUAAGAAAAAGUGUGUUGGAAUAGAAAUUGGGAAAGUAGCUGCAGAAAAAAGUCGUGGACUAUUCUCGGCGGAUGAUUGGCAAUGUACAAAGUGUGGAAAUGUGAACUGGGCAAGACGGUCUUCAUGUAAUGUCUGCAAUGCUCCAAAAUUCAAAGAGGUUGAAGAGAGGACUGGCUACGGUGGCGGUUACAAUGACCGAGGAACGGUAGAAUAUAUUGAAAGAGAAGAGUCUGACGAUGAGUAUGAUGAGUUCGGGAGGAAAAAGAAACAGUUUCGCAAAAUCAAAAGUGGCGAAAGCCAAAGUGACUAUGACAGAGAGAAGGCCAACGCAGAAAAGGAGUAUAGGAAUAAUGGCAAUAAGAAACUGGAAAAAUCAGACGACGAGGAAAAUGGCCCUAAUGAUGAGGAGGAGGAGGAAGAUGACGAUGACGAUGAGGAUGGUGACCUUUCAAAAUAUGACCUAAGUGAUUGGGGAACUGACAAAGAUGAUAAAACUGACAACGGAGAAACGAAGGCUGAUAAUUUGAAAGAAAGUCUAUCCAAGGGGGAUGGUGGAAAUCAAUCACUGCCGAUUGAAUCUCCCAAUAGAUCGCCACAAACUACUACUAGUAGUAACAAAGCCGAGAAAAGGGCAAAAUCUCGGAGUAGAAGUCGCUCAAACUCAAAAUCACGACACAAGCGCAAAAGUCGUUCAAGGUCCCGUUCCCCUCAUAGCAGGGAUAAACGGGGUGGAAGUAGGCGACACCGGUCCAGAUCACGGGACAGGAGGAGAUCAUCCAGAGAGAGAAAAACUCGCAGCAGGUCAAGGAGUCGUGGCAGGGAUAAAAAAUAUCGUUCACGCUCAAGAUCAAGAGAUAGAAAAAGACGCUAGGCUAGCUAAUUACCGCCUUAUUAUGUUAUACUUAUAAUAAUAUUUAGUAGUUAUUUAUGUUUUAUUUUAUAUAAUAAUGAGCUAUCGUGCAUUAGUUCAAUUCAAUUAUUAUUAAAAGUUGUAGUAAUUAGUGCAACCCCAAGCCAAGAUUUUAGUACACGUUCAUCAUCUCCUAUAAUGGGAUUUAUUGCUACAUUUAUUACUACAUUUUUUCAGGAAACCUGAUUUGUUUAGAAACUAUAAACAUGUAAGGAAUUGUUUGGUUUUAACUUAAUACGGAAUAAAGUUAAACUUGAAAACUUU